UACUCCUCACGCAUUAAGCGGCGGGCUAAGCAUUAAAUAACUCUCUACAAUCUCCGAAAGAGGUACACACCUCCAGCAUCACACCGGUGGUUUCGUUGCUAUACUGUCUCAAAUAUGACGCCGUACUGGCGUGGUGCUACCCGGUGAUGAUUGCCUUGUAGUUCCGGCCGGUCAAUCUGCAACCUCAUCUGUGGCCUACCAGCUGUGAACAACGCAUCACAAGCCCAGCACCCUCGAACAGGAAGGAUCACCGCCAACCAUUUCGGUGGGAAAAAUCGUCCUUUUUUAAUUUUUUUUUUUUUGUUGUUGUUGUUGUUUUUGUGAACAGAGAGAACUCAAAAGUAUUGAACGACACAGUUUACACUGACCAUCUGCUUGAAAGAAUGCAAGAUGUCCGGCAGUGAUGUCGAGCACGUUUCUUGCGUUCUGAACGGCAACCCUCAUGAGCUUCGGCGCCAAUCUUCUCCGCCCACCAAUGAAUAUUUUUAUGAUGCCCGGACGGAUGACUCCUUUGAAACAUCACUAAUUGCCUCUUCUCCCGCACCGCCUCUUGCCAGUACCACAUACUCUGCGCAACAGGGUCUCACAGACCCUCCAGUAUUGCCUGUAACGGCAGGCCUAUCCUCGAACAACCGAUCCUCCCCCGACCCUGACGACUACUAUCGCCCAAAUCCACCCAUAUUGGCUGCAAAAGGUGAUACUGCUGGUGGUUCAGGCGAACCUUUGAUGGUUGAAAUCGAUAACACCGAAGUUGCCGAAAAUCACCCGACACAGUUUCAACGAGUGUGUUCUGGGCCAGCGCACCCAUCGAAGUCGUCCGUGGAAAGCUCAGGGCCAUUUCGCUCGCUCUCGGAUUCAUCGUACGGAAACAUUGGGCUUGGAUACAAUAUCGGGGUACCGCCAGCACGGGCGUCGAUAGCGAGGCCAAGGCAGGUCUCUUUUAAGGAUCUCGUGAACAAGUUCAACAACAAUCCAGAUCAAGUUCUCCCACUACCGUCAGCGUCUACAUCCAAGACUGUCAGCCCGGCUAGCCCCACGGACGGAUCAAUACCAUUCAAGACUGCCUCUCGUCUGAGACAAACUCACGAUUCAUCAAUUCAGAAAAAUCCAAUUCCUCGGUGGAAUACGAUAGGGACCUUUGCUCUAGAUAUACCCUCAGAACGUUCUCUUCCUCGGUUGAGGACAAACGAUAUCAACAAUAACCGUCCCGGCUCUUCCGACCAUCCUCAGCGGCCCGCGUGUGGCGGAUCGCUUGCAUUGGAUACGAGUUUUCACAGCUUGGGAUAUGGAUCACCGUCACUUCUGCGCCGUCGAGGUUCUGAAGGGACCAUCCCGAGCCCAAACCCAGCAUUUUUUGACCAUCCCGAAUCAGCACUUGGCUUGACGCCUCUGACUCCGACUGCUUGGUAUCUAGGACAUACGCCGUUUCUAGAGGCUGUUAAUACCACUUCGAACACGAAUACUCACCGAAGGACAAGGAGUGAUUUCGCUGGAGAUCGUCCUGGAGGUGCAGCGGCGUGCCUUUCUGACUUCCAUAUGGCGGACCAGCCCCCCUUACAGCCACACUCCGGGACAUCCCUAGAGAGCCCACAUUCCAAGUCGCGCAUCCCAAUCUCCUCCCGCCGCCUUAAUUCAGCUUCCGCCUCGGGUGAUUCCUCGCCGUCUUCGCCAACAAGAACCGAGCUAGCUUUCGGCAGCCGAUCUGCUGCGCAGAUCGCUUUACCUCCGAAAGGCGUUAGCCGCCUGCCCAAGCCAUCUCCCAGACAGGCGUCUCAUCCCGCCCGUGAACUGACCUAUGAGGGCGAAGCAACAUUUGCGAUAACGCCGCAUGCAAGGCGGGAGGUGGCCCCUGGCAGGGCCCGUCAGUACAUCCCUGAAAAGGGUGCCCUUUUGGAGGCAUACAUAGCCGCUCCUCCCCCGAAGAAGUCGCCCCCUCUGCGAAGUUCACGGCCACGUCAACCCGUCUCACAAACUGCCCAAACGGCGCCAAGUUCUAGAGUGGUGGAAACGGUUUCGAAUUUUCAAAGACAAAUCAACCGUGAUCGUGAGCCACGAAACUCCAGGCUACGAGAGCGACGCCUGGCAGAAUUGGGUAAUGUCGACUUUGCAACCCGACGUCAGAGAAUCCAACAAGCUUUCAAUCGCACAGUCGAAGAGAAUGAGAGAAAAGAAGAGAAAGCAGCGGAGCUCCGACGCCAGGUCAAAGCUCAAGAAGAAACAGAGCAGGCUGUUCGGCCUUCUACCCCCAAAGAACAGUGUACUGGAUUUGCAGACGUGAUUACUUCUGUACAGCCCGAAGAUAACGUGACAGUAAUCGAGGAAUUUGGCGACUGUGGACAUGAAGCGAAAGACAUGACACCAGAAACAGACGCUUCGAAGGCGCAUCCACAGCUUCGCGUCGAUCCAGACGUGUCUGUAUCAGAGAACUCUCGAAAUACAACAGACUAUCAUCCGAUGACGAUGGACUCACCAACAUUAGGCCACUCGGAGAUGAUUUUGAACGGCCAAGGAUUUGAGUCGAUGCCCUGCGACCUGCGACCUGACUCGGCCGCAACAGCAGGGUCCAACGAGACCCAUAUCACCGCAUUUGAUCCAGAACCUCAAGAUGAUCUUUCCAAACAGAAUCUACAUGCAUCGCACAGAACCCUGCUGAGCCAAAUAAUGCGUAUACGUGAUUCCAGCCCUAGCAAUUCAUCGUGCGACGAGCAAGAUUAUGGCUUUUCUGAUAAUGAUGAAAAGGAGUCUAUUCCAAUUGUUCUGAGAGACGCGAUGGCUAUCGAAGAUUCUAUAGACAGCAGUGAGAACCAAGAGCAUCGUGAUAUUUAUAUCAAGCGGGGUACUACCAAGAGCGAACCAGCGAACCGGUGGAGUAUGAGCUCUUGGUCAUCUUCUCUGCACCACGAAACUUCUUCGGGUGGGCAAUGUGAGGGCAGUGAUGACGAUCUCUCUAAUAUACACCACUGCGCCGAGGAUAGCGAGGAGGUUGCUACUCAGUCAUGCUCUGAAUCUUCGAGCACUCCGUCCGUCAUUGGUCAUCAACUUCCCCAUGCAUUGCCCCAGACAGCCCGUGUGGUAACAGAACCAAGUAAAGAAGCUGUAUCACAUAGGAAUCCUUACGGGCCGUCCGACACACCCAGCCUAGUCAGACUGGGUGGAUGGGAUUCUAAGCGUGUGGCUCAGCUCUACAUAGAAGAGCUUGCGAGUGGCAGGAGUCAUCCCCUUCCUAUGCCAGCAAUACGCGCGUCUCCAGAGCCGCCACAUGUCCGGGCUGAGCAGAGAGAUGAAAGAAGAAUUGAGAGUCUGACUGACGAUCCUGUCCUAAUAACGGAAACUGACGGUAUUCCACCCUCAGAACGCAUGCGACAUUCGGCGAGCUUGUUUUUGCGCGAUGACUGGGAGCAUGCGUCUCCAUCAAUUAUGGAUUGGAUGCAAGUAGCCGCCGAUGAAGGAUCAUCGCCGCAGGCCCCCAAAAUUGACGGCAGCCCGGGAGUUGAUGGUGUUCCGAAACCGCGGCUAGUGACUCCCAACGCACAUCCAAAAGAUACCGACGAAGGCUUAGGUCUGGCAAUCAAUGUGCAUCCACCUCAGGAGUUUAAUGAUGACGAUGUUCCACCACCUCCUAUACCACGCCACGACCCUCCAGCUCCACCCCCUGAAACUCAAGAUAGCACUACACAUCGUUUCCCACAGACUUCCGUCGCUCAUCCCAACAUCUUCUCGAACGCCACCUUUGCGCCGCUGGGACCCGUUCAAAGCACCGAUAGCAGUGAGGACUCCUCUCUCCGGCGACUUGAGCCAACUCCUUCUUCGCACACCUUGGAUUCAUCGGCAACCUCGUUGGUUCCUUCGACUUCAGAACAUCCUCGCCCACAAACCGCAUCCCCAUCCCCAGAACAACGUCAACUGAAGAAGCGGCGACAUGUCAUAAAGGAAUUAGUUGAUACCGAAUAUACAUUCGGAAAAGACAUGAAAGUUGUUGAUGAUAUUUAUAAGGGAACCUCCAGUUCAUGCUUAGACCUCUCCACGGAAGAUGUCAAAGUACUGUUUGCAAAUUCAGACCAAGUCGUGCAAUUCUCUAUGGCUUUCCAGGACACUCUCAAAGAGGCAGCGAAAAGUGUUUAUGUAAUGCCUAAAUCCCAGCGGUGGACCAGCCGGCGUAACCCUCGAAAUCCUGUCGUGAGAAACGAUCAAGAACCUUCUACUGGGAGUAGCACUUCAGACCUGGAGAAAGAUAAUGCGACUUUCAUUGGGCAGGCAUUCAUAGCGCAUAUAGCAAACAUGGAGAAGGUCUACGCCGACUAUCUGAAGAACCAUGAUGCUGCCAAUAAGAAACUUCAGACUCUGCAAAAGAACCCGAAAGUGGCUAUCUGGCUCAAAGAAUGUCGGGAUUGGGCAUCCGAUCUCACAACAGCAUGGGAUCUAGAUUCGUUGCUCGUCAAGCCAGUACAGCGGAUCUUGAAAUACCCCCUUCUUUUGAGUGAACUCCUUGAAUCGACACCUAAGGAUCACCCAGACCGUGCUGCUCUCGUUAGUGCCCUUGAAGAAGUUACGAACAUCUCCGUUCGUAUCAACGAGCUGAAGAAACGUGCAGAUGUUGUGGGGCAAGUUGUGGGCCGCAAGAGAAAAGAGUCUGAUGUCAGGGCAGGCUUGUCAAAGGCAUUUGGACGUCGCACAGAGAAAUUGAAACAACAGGUUGGCCUUUCCGACAUGGUUGAAGACAAGGAAUACGAUGCUCUGUCUCAGAGGUUCGGUGACAAUUUCUUUCAACUGCAAGUUGUCAUGCGGGAUGCGGAAGGGUAUACGCGUGAAGUCCAGGGAUCCAUGGACUGUUUUGGUGGAAUUACCAGCGCGAUAGAAGAGUUUAUCAAAGUCGCCCCGACUGCUUACCAUGAAAUUGAGGGCAAAUGCGAUGAGCUGAAGACAGCUGUCCAAGAUGUGAUAACAGAGGCAUUACCCAAGCAUAUCGCUGUCGUUCGUAAGAGCGUCAUUGACCCAAUGGUCACAUUGCUUAAGCUUCAUGAUGGACCACAAAGAGUGAUGAAAAAGCGCGACAAACGCCUAAUGGAUUAUGCCCGGUUCAAGAGCAUUAAGGAACGAGGGGACAAACCAGAUAAGAAAACCAUCGAGCAAGGGGAACAAUUUGUCGCUCUUAAUGAGGCCCUUAAAGACGAACUUCCGAAGCUCUACUCUCUUACCGCUAAAUUGAUGGAGUCUUGCCUGAAAAGCUUUGUCCACAUACAAACGUCGUGGUUUAAGACUUUGCAGGAGAAACUUGGCCCCCUAGUGGAGUCGUUCCCGGACGAUAUCCAGAAGGUAAUUGGUGAUUGGAAUGCGAGUUUCAGCUUCUCUGAGGCACAGGUACUGUCCCUAGGCAUCUGCAAUGGGUCGUUAUUGGCCGAUACUGUCAACCUCGUUAAUUUCAACACUCCCCCAACCGGGGCAACUAUUAGUUCGCCGCGGCGCCCAUCAACUGUCAAUAGCGCCAGCACUCGCGUUGGAUCCACUAUGGAUGAAUCACCUAAAGCUUCCCAUGAUUAUGGCAGUGGAAGUCAUUCUUUCCAAUCGCCAAGUUUUGAUAGCCAGUCCCAGGUCUCUCUUGGACGCAGGCGUGCUGAUUCGACUUUCUCGGGUCGUGCUGCGCCCGAUUCGAUUGAACUACCCCGGAGCCACAUGUUGCAACAAAUUACUAGCUCAUCAGCUUCUGGACCUCAGCCGAGCUCUAACAGAGAGUCUUGUCCAAGCCUUCCCCGGUUGAGCCUGGAUUCUCCAUUCCUCGUCGACGUCAUUGGUGGUCCUUCUGAGAGUAGUGACAGACCAACCGAAGAACAGCCGAGCUCACCUGGCGGUGGUCGGUAUUCGGGCUUUUUCUCUUCUGCAAUGCCAAUGUCGGACAACCCACAAGACAAUGCUCCCCAGGAGAACGAACCACCUAAAGAACCGGCGGUGCUAUUCCUUGCCGCUAGUAUUAAUGAAUUCAACAUUGACCGUGCCCGACGAGAGGCCGGCUAUCCCUACCUGACAUAUGUUGCCGGAGAGAUAUUUGAUGUCAUCGCCGAAAAGGGCGAGCUGUGGCUAGCCAAGAACCAGGACGACCCUACCCGCCAGGUUGGUUGGAUCUGGAAUAAGCAUUUUGCGAAACUCUCAACCUAAUGUCACUAUCCGAUGAAAUUAUUGCUUGUUUCAAUACUGUACAUCUUGCAUGGAGGUCGCCAGCGUCAUGAUGUCCUGGGUCUG